UCAUGCUGCUGCCAGGUCCAGAGUCUCUCAUGGGUCCCUGUACGGCCUCCCAUUGCUGCUGUCUCCAUCGCCACACUCUGCCAUGUGCCACUUUCAGGUCUCCUCACACUCCUGCUGGUUUCCAUUUUGUCAUAGGUUGCUGGCAGAUUACAGGCCUCCCAUAGGUGCUGCCAGGCCCCAAAUCUGCCAUGGGCCCCCGUACCCGCCUCGUCACGCUGCUGCUGGGUCCACAGUGUGACAUGGGUUGCUGUAUGGCCUCCCAUUGCUGCUGCCUCCACCGCCACACACUGUGACAGCGAAUUU